CUGUCUCAAAAAAAAAAAAAAAAGGGUGCAGAAGGUCCAGGGCCUGGCCAAGGGGAUGAUGCCCUGUAGCACUUUGCAUUGCAGGAAGAGAACAACUCUGCUGUGAAUACCAGGAUCCAGGAGGGAGGGAGGUCCCAGCUAGGGACAAGACUUCCUUAACCUUAGGUCCUCAUGCUUAUAUCAGUUCUUCUCCAACAAAGUUUGACUUUGAGAAGAAGCUGGCACAUGGCUGAAAUGCACUCACGCGGUUGGGGGAAGAGUGUUCUUCCAGUCCUCCUCCCCACAGGGCCUCCUGCUUCUCCUAAGUACCUGUCAUCAAAGGAGAUGAAGAUGAAUCCCCCUUCAGCCCCCACACCUCAAUGAGUUGUCAAGUACUCUCCCUCCCACUUGAAUAGGAAGCAGGAUCAGCAGGCCAGGUUGCAGGUUGAGGAAGUCAGAAGUUAACUUGAGCUGAGUUUGCAGCUCUGGAGAGAUUGAGGAGCAGACUUUUCUCUUGUCACUUUGGAAGGAGAGGAUUGUGAGGCUGCCCCUUUAAAUAGCAUUCCCGUAGGAGGCAGAUCACAUCCAUCCGUCACCUACUGCCAAAGCAUCAUUUUUGGUCUCUAUCAAACUCAAAGCUUGUUGGAAAGGAUUGUGGGGUUAGGGGAGUGAGGAGGCAGAGCCUCCUAGGGGUAGGGGGCAGUUUAGAAGCUGAAAAGGAGAGGAAUGAGAAGGAGCCUGGGAAAGGUGGGGGUUGAGGACAAGAGGAAAAGACAGGGAGAGAAUAGUUGUCUUUUGAGCCUCUGAGUGGAACAAGUAUACCCAAUUCUUAUCUCUUUAGAGAUGCAGCAAGGUAGAAAUGGGAUUGUAUUGCAACAAGAGGAAUGAGGUUGAGACUAAACACCAGGAUUGGUGACUAAAGAAAGUGAAAGGAACCACAGAGUGAAAAAGGCUGGUAGACUUGGCUCUGGUUUUAUCACUUACUCUCUGUGGGACCAUAUAAUUUUUCUGGGUUAGUUUAGUUCUCAUUUAUUUUUAUUUUUACUUUUUCCAUCAAACUGUGUUGUCUAUGAAGUUUUCCCAUUUAUUCAAUGAAGGGAAUUAGAGUAGAUGAAUUCUAAUGUCUCUUUCAUGAAUAACUUUGUGUGUGUGUGUGUGUGUGUGUGAAUUAGCCUUAAAAUGAAUCAGGAGCAGGGGGUCUUGGGAGAGCAGGAUGUGCCACUGUGUUAACAAGAAAUGUUGAGAGAGCCCUCUGGAUGUACGUCUUGCCUCUUUCCCACCUAUUCUAGUUUAAAGAUCUGCCUAAAAUUGGAAACUCCUUAGCUCUAAUCCUAAUUUACUAAUUAGAGCUCUUUAGCACCAUCCUAAUUUGCAAUUCUUUUGUAGUUUCCAGCCCAUUUCAUUUUCAGUUGAUAAGGAGGAGAUUGCUCCCAAAUUUUCAGAAAUGGACUGUGUAGGAGUGUGACUAGGGUCUCAGAUGCGGCCAUUUCUUGGCUGUGUCUGUUCUUCCAGCAAGAAGGGAAAAGGGGGAUGUGUGCUAAAGGUAGAUGCACAGAGGGUGGGAAGUCCCAUUAUUCUUUCCACUUUUUUCUCCAUCUCUGACUCUGCCAUCUCUUUCUGCCUCUGCACUUUCCGGGAGCUGGUUCUGCUGAUACUUCUGCUGAAUCUAAAUGCUGACCUAACUUGGCAAUUCUUUUAUGUUAGGAGUCUUAGCUGUGACCGUCCAUCCGCUUCUUCGCCCUUCCAUUUCACUUCUUUUCUCCUUCUUUGACUGGGAGAGGGGGAGCCUCCACUCAGUAUUUAGAACAGAGUAAAUACCUUCUCCUGAUCACUCUUCCUUCCAAUCUCCAGAAUUUUUUGAAAUUAAAAUUCACAUUCUGGGAUCCUGGAUUAGUGGCCUGUUUUGGAUUUAGCAGUUAGUGAAUAUAUCUCCACUUUCUGUUGACAUAGGAGUUUCCCCAGUGCCAAAGCAGGUGGUCAUUAAGGGAGAGAGCAAUAUGGAGCAAGAGAGAUGGUUCCUGCGAGUCCUAGGUAGGACUCGGUUGGAUGGAGGAGGCUUUGCCCUUUUACAAGGUCUUGAGUUCAAAUUCCAGUUCACUCCUUCCACACAUGUUUAUUAACCAGCUAGGCUGUUUUGUGCUGGGCCUUUAGCUCCUAGAUUUCUUUCUCUGAAGACAGAACAGAAAAAAUGAGCUGGAAGUGCUUCAGGAGGGGUUUUGAUAUCAGGAAUGCUUUCCUGGCUGUGUAGAGUUAUUACCUAGUCAAAGAAGAAGAUGUUAAGCUGGGUGCAGUGGCUCACACCUGUAAUCCCACCACUUUGGGAGGCCGAAGUGGGUGGAUCACGAGGUCAGGAGUUUGAGACCAGCCUGGCUAAUAUGGUGAAACCCCAUCUCUACUAAAAAAUACAAAAAUUAGCCAGCGUGGUGGCCCGCCCCUGUAGACCCAGCUACUCGGGAGGCUGAGGCAGGAGAAUCGCUGGAACUGGGGAGGCGGAGGUUGCAGUGAGCCGAGAUCGCGCCACUGCACUCCAGCCUGGGAGACAGAGACUCCUUCUCAAAAAAAAAAAAAAAAUCAAAAACAACAACAAAAAAAGAUGUGGUGCUGCCUGCUCUGGAGAGCUUUGAACUUGGAAGAAAUUCCUAUCUGCUAGGCAGGCAGGCAGAAGUACCAUGGGGAAGGCCACGGUCUUGGAGACAGGUGGGGAAGAUCAAGCUGACGGACCUGAGGCCAAGUGUGGGAUGCCAUCACAGCUGAGGGCACACCCCGAACUUUUCCAAGACAGGAGCACAGGUGCGGUCUGGUCUGACUGGGUUCCGAGUCCAGGUCUAGCAGGGAAAGAUGUGUGCUCAUCCCCUACCCCGCACUCACACAUGGUACACAUAGGCAGCUAGGCACACGUGGAUACAUGGAACCACAACCACAUACACAGAAACUCAAAACACACGGAGAGAACCCACACAACCACCCACACCGAAGUCCUGACCGCCGCCUCCGCUGCACUCUGUAAACACGCACUCACAUCCGCCAGUACAGGGCACACGCAGCCACUCGUCCCCGGCGCUUGUGUGCGUGCGCUCGCCCUUGGGCGCUUCUGUCUGUGUGUGCCCCCGGCUUCCAAUCGUUCCUUUGGGAGGGGGAGGAGUGGCUGUGAGGAGUGAGAGACUGGCGGGCAGGCUGAGGAGAAGGGAGGGAGAGCGGAGGGAGGGGGGAACCCGGCCGGGGGAGGAGGAGAGAGGCGAGGAGGCGGCUCUGGCAGCGCGCGGCGGCGGCGGCGGUAGCGGCAGCAGCAGCGGCGGUGCGGAGAGCUUGGACUGGGAGCCCAAAGCUCGGCUGGGCAGCGGGAGAGGAGGAGCCGCAGGAGCUGCAGCUCUGCCAGCUUGGGCCGAGCCUAGAGACACCGGCCUGGCUGGUCCACGCCAGCCGCAGACCGUGGCUGAGCAUGGAGCUGUCCCCCCGCAGUCCUCCGGAGAUGCUGGAGGAGUCGGAUUGCCCGUCACCCCUGGAGCUGAAGUCAGCCCCCAGCAAGAAGAUGUGGAUUAAGCUUCGGUCUCUACUGCGCUACAUGGUGAAGCAGUUGGAGAAUGGGGAGAUAAACAUUGAGGAGCUGAAGAAAAAUCUGGAGUACACAGCUUCUCUGCUGGAAGCCGUCUACAUAGAUGAGACACGGCAAAUCUUGGACACGGAGGACGAGCUGCAGGAGCUGCGGUCAGAUGCGGUGCCUUCGGAGGUGCGGGACUGGCUGGCCUCCACCUUCACCCAGCAGGCCCGGGCCAAAGGCCGCCGAGCAGAGGAGAAGCCCAAGUUCCGAAGCAUUGUGCACGCUGUGCAGGCUGGGAUCUUCGUGGAACGGAUGUUCCGGAGAACAUACACCUCUGUGGGCCCCACUUACUCUACUGCGGUUCUCAACUGUCUCAAGAACCUGGAUCUCUGGUGCUUUGAUGUCUUUUCCUUGAACCGGGCAGCAGAUGACCAUGCCCUGAGGACCAUUGUUUUUGAGUUGCUGACUCGGCAUAACCUCAUCAGCCGCUUCAAGAUUCCCACUGUGUUUUUGAUGAGUUUCCUGGAUGCCUUGGAGACAGGCUAUGGGAAGUACAAGAAUCCUUACCACAACCAGAUCCACGCAGCCGAUGUUACCCAGACAGUCCAUUGCUUCUUGCUCCGCACAGGGAUGGUGCACUGCCUGUCGGAGAUUGAGCUCCUGGCCAUCAUCUUUGCUGCAGCUAUCCAUGAUUAUGAGCACACGGGCACUACCAACAGCUUCCACAUCCAGACCAAGUCGGAAUGUGCCAUCCUGUACAAUGAUCGUUCAGUGCUGGAGAAUCACCACAUCAGCUCUGUUUUCCGAUUGAUGCAGGAUGAUGAGAUGAACAUUUUCAUCAACCUCACCAAGGAUGAGUUUGUAGAGCUCCGGGCCCUGGUCAUUGAGAUGGUGUUGGCCACAGACAUGUCCUGCCAUUUCCAGCAAGUGAAGACCAUGAAGACAGCCUUGCAACAGCUGGAGAGGAUUGACAAGCCCAAGGCCCUGUCUCUACUGCUCCAUGCUGCUGACAUCAGCCACCCAACCAAGCAGUGGUUGGUCCACAGCCGUUGGACUAAGGCCCUCAUGGAGGAAUUCUUCCGUCAGGGUGACAAGGAGGCAGAGUUGGGCCUGCCCUUUUCUCCACUCUGUGACCGCACUUCCACUCUAGUGGCACAGUCUCAGAUAGGGUUCAUCGACUUCAUUGUGGAGCCCACAUUCUCUGUGCUGACUGACGUGGCAGAGAAGAGUGUUCAGCCCCUGGCGGAUGAGGACUCCAAGUCUAAAAACCAGCCCAGCUUUCAGUGGCGCCAACCCUCUCUGGAUGUGGAAGUGGGAGACCCCAACCCUGAUGUGGUCAGCUUUCGUUCCACCUGGGUCAAGCGUAUUCAGGAGAACAAGCAGAAAUGGAAGGAACGGGCGGCAAGUGGCAUCACCAACCAGAUGUCCAUUGACGAGCUGUCCCCCUGUGAAGAAGAGGCCCCCCCAUCCCCUGCCGAAGAUGAACACAACCAAAAUGGGAAUCUGGAUUAACCCUGGGGCUGGCCCAGGUCUUCAUUGAGUCCAAAGUGUUUGAUGUCAUCAGCACCAUCCAUCAGGACUGGCUCCCCCAUCUGCUCCAAGGGAGCGUGGUCGUGGAAGAAACAACCCACCUGAAGGCCAAAUGCCAGAGAUUUGGGGUUGGGGAAGGGCCCCUCCCCACCUGACACCCAUUGGGGUGCACUUUAAUGUCCCGGCAGCAAGACUGGGGAACUUCAGGCUCCCAGUGGUCACUGUGCCCAUCCCUCAGCCUCUGGAUUCUCUUCAUGGCCAGGUGGCUGCCAGGGAGCAGGGAGCUUCCUGGAGGCUUCCCAGGGCCUUGGGGAAGGGUCAGAGAUGCCAGCCCCCUGGGACCUCCCCCAUCCUUUUUGCCUCCAAGUUUCUAAGCAAUACAUUUUGGGGGUUCACUCGGCCCCCCACCCCAGAUCUUAGCUGGCAGGUCUGGGUCCCCCUUUUCCUCCCCUGGGAAGGGCUGGAAUAGGAUAGAAAGCUGGGGGUUUUCAGAGCCCUAUGUGUGGGGAGGGGAGUGGGUUCCUUCAGGGUAUGGUACCUUUCUAGGACCUGGGAAUGGGGUGGGUAGGACAUCCUCUUCACCCCAGAAUUGCGCUGCUUCAGCCCCAUCUCCAGCCUGAUCCUCUGCAAUCUUCCUUCUCUCCCUUUCUGAUAGAGUGACUGGGGAAAAAGGAGCCAUUGUGACCAGGGGCUGUGGGAGGCCUUUCCUGGGACCUUCCUUGGGACUGGUCUGGGCCCCUGGGGCUUGUCGCCUGCCCUGGCUGAGUCCGGAGCCCUUUGCCUCCUUCCUCUCCCCUGGGGCUGGGAGGCUUCAUCCGACCAAUGUCUGUAAAGUGCUUUGAGGAUCUCCCCAGCAAAGCACCUUCAGAAUGUAUCGACACCAGCUGGGUUAGGGUCAAGGGUGCCUGGGGAGGGUGAGUAAUCCUGCGUUGCUAAAAGAGAGGAUCUGUCCCCUCCUUUCCACGUCCCAGAACUGGCCCAGCUGCAGGCACUAAGAAGCUCCUCCCCUGAGACAAGUGAGGGGUAGUGGGUGAAAGGCAGAUGGACGAGGGGGGCUCAGGGCUGCUGCCUUCCUGUCCUCUGGAGAGAACCCAGCCAGGCGCGGUGCCCCUUCCUCUGCUCAGGCUCCUCCUUGCCCCCACCUUGCCCCAGGAAAGGCCAAAGUCCAGGUGACUGCCCUCCUUCUUUCUUGUAAAUACCAACCAUGCAUUUGUACAGUGGGCCCUGUUCAUGCGAAAUCCACAUCCAUGGUCUCCUAGACCUGCUACCCUGGUACUUCCACCCUACCCCACCCCGAGUAGGGCAGAGACGCAUGUGACUCACCCCUGCCCUUGGUCUCCCAGACCCCUGCUAUAGCCAGAGAACAAUAAAGAAGGGAGACCAGG